AUGGGAGGUUCUGAUCGAUGGGUUUCAGGAUUGGACUUUCCUGGGUCAGCCCUUGUGGAGGUAUCCGUCGCCGGAGCUCGCUUCCUGCCGGCCAUUGCUGUCGCGUACCGCGUCCGGAGGAAAAAUGGUGAGCUUGAACAUGCCCUCUCCGCCAACUUGAGUUUGGUCCUCUUGCUUCUUCUUCAGUAUGGCCUCACGGAUUCUUUUGGCGGACCCAGCUGCAGAUCUACAACAGUAAACGUCCAACAACUUCAGGCUCGGCACAUCCGCCAGCCCAAUUGGUAUCUCCCCAAGCUCCACACAGUUCUUCAGCUCGAGCCGCCUGAGCCUCGGGAAGUGAUGUCCCGGGCCUUCCACACGACCAGAUCUGUCCGCCCAAUAAACAGCACUUCCAGGCGGCGGAAUCCCCCAUCAGCCGCCUCCCAAUACUUUCCCUUGAAAGCCCGAUUCAUCAGCUUCAGCACCUCGAGGCUCCAUAGAGCGGAUACGGUGUCCGUAGAGUGGCUUAGAGGAGACAAACUCCACAACGUCGGAGUGGAUGCAGAGCCGACGAUAUUUCUCCAGAUCACAAACAAGAGGGUAGAAGCACCCCUCGCUCGACUUUUUAAUCUCCUGGAGGAAAUUUUCUCCCUCAUUCCCGGCCUUAGUCUUGCAGAACUCACGGAGCAUGUCGUGGAUGAGGCACGUCUUGACCUUGCCAUUGGGGUUCCUCUUUUCGACCCUAAUUAA